AUGGACAAGUUUUUGAAAAGGAAAGAACUGGACUCUGAACAAAAUUUGGAGGCAGAUGAGAGCCCAAGUAUGAGUGGGGGUCAAAAGAAAGCAAAGAUGGUUAACGCAAGCAAAUUCUCUGGCGCAAGGCAAUAUAGCGAAAGCUAUAUUUCAGUUGGAUUUACUUGCACUGGAGAUGCAAACAAACCAACUCCACUGUGCGUGGUGUGUGGUGAAAAGCUAGCUAACAGUGCUAUGGUCCCAAGCAAACUUAAACACCAUCUCCAAACGAAACAUCCUUUGCUUCAAAACAAGAAUGCGGACUAUUUUGUUCGCCUGCGUGACAACAUGGAGAAACAGGCAACUUUCAUGAGAAAAACCACAAAGGUAAAUGAAAGAGCUCUUAAAGCUAGCUAUCAAGUUGCUGAACUUAUAGCCAAGUCAAAAAAGUCGCACACUGUGGCAGAGACAUUAAUACUUCCUGCCUGCAAAGCUAUUGUAGAGGAGAUGCUCGGACCUGAAGCAGCUAAGGAAAUAGCCAAAGUCCCUCUCUCAGACAACACAAUUUCCAGACGUAUUAAUGACAUGUCUGCAGACAUCGAAAGUGUGGUUUUGGAAAAGAUCCGUAUCAGUGAGAAAUUUGCAUUGCAACUUGACGAGUCUACUGAUAUCAGUGGACAUGCUCAACUCUUGGCCAAUGUGCUUUUUGUUGAUGGUGAUGCAAUUAGAGAAAACUGCUUUUUUUGCAAGGCAUUGCCAGAAAAAACAACAGGAGAAGAAAUUUUUCGGGUCACAUCAGAAUACCUUGAACAAGGAGGACUUAAGUGGGAAUACUGCACAAGUGUCUGCACCGAUGGAGCUGCAGCCAUGGUCGGGCGCACCAAAGGCUUUGUAAGCAGAGUGAAGGAAAGAAAUCCAGAUGUGAUUGUUACGCAUUGUUUUUUACACCGCGAGGCCCUCGUAGCCAAGACUUUACCAGCAGCCCUAGUUCAUGUGUUAGAUGAUGUUGUGCGCAUGGUAAACUUUAUAAAGUCACGACCCUUGAAAAGUCGCAUAUUUUUAGCUUUGUGUGAGGAGAUGGGAGCGAAGCAUAAAACCUUGCUGUUUCAUACGGAGGUCCGGUGGUUGUCGCGUGGCAAGGUCUUGGCUCGUGUGUAUGAGCUGCGGGAGGAACUUAAAGUGUUUCUGACAAAUGAGAGGUCAGAUUACGCAAAGCAGCUUACAAGUGAUGAGUGGUGUGUAAGGCUGGCAUACCUGGCAGAUAUAUUUUAUCAUCUGAAUGAACUGAACACACGAAUGCAAGGCAGAAGUGAAAACCUGCUUACAAGUACAGAUAAAAUAAAUGGAUUCCGUUCAAAGGUGCAACUCUGGCAUCAACACGUGGAAAGUGGCAAUCUUGAAAUGUUCACACUCACCAAGCAAUGGCAAGGUGUUCACACUGCUGCACUGUGUGAGAUAAUAGUUAAACAUUUAAAAACUCUUGAGGAGAAGUUGUCAUUUUAUUUCUCUUCAGUCUCCACUGAAUGCCUUGACUGGGUUAGGGACCCUUAUAGCUCAGCAUCAGUUGGUGGAAAGGACAUGACUUUACAGGAGCAGGAGGAACUAACUGAACUGAGACAAAAUCGUGGUUUCAAGCUAAGAUUUGCUGAUCUACCUUUAGACAGUUUUUGGUUGGAUACCGCCAAGGAGUUCCCCCUUCUGGCAAAUAAAGCUAUUUUGACAUUGCUCCCAUUUUCCACUACAUAUCUGUGUGAGAUUAGCUUUUCAAGCAUGAUUACUAUAAAAACCAAAUACAGAGAGAGACUGAGAGCUGUUGACGAAGAGCUACGUGUGUGUCUUUCUUCGAUUCCAGCCAGAAUAUCAGCUUUGUGUUCAGCCAAACAGGCCCAGGUUGUGCACUGA